AUGAUGUUGUUACUGCUUAUUGCGGUAGCGUCGGCGUUGGUGGUUCCUGCUGAACCCCUCGACAAGAGACACCCUGAGAGGAUCGUCACCGCCAAUGUCAAUAUUACCGACCAGUUUUAUUACCAUAUGCAAGUGAAGGUUGGCUCUCAAGGACACUCGUUUAACCCCAUCCCCGACACCGGUUCCCACGAGUCGUGGCUCCCCGAUCUCGACGGGUGGGCGUCCCAAUCGACAUCGCUCAAGAACCUUACCCUGCCAUUUACGGCAGGCUACGUUUCCUCCUCCUACAAUGGGUACUGGGUCACCGACACGGUCACUUUUACUGAUGGCGCCACUAACAAGUUCCAAUUUGGCGUCGUCGGAAAAGAAGGCGGCAACUUCCAAAACAACUUCAAAGAGGGUAUGCUCGGCCUUUCACGGUGGUCGGGAGGUGACCACGACACGUUCCCGUACCACUUGAAGAACACGGGGGUCAUCGAUCGCGGGGUGGCCUCGUUAUACUACUCCACCGAUAAGCAGAAGGGGAAGUUUAUUUUCGGUGGCUACGACCAAGCGAAGGUGGCGUCAGCCUGGAGUACUAACUCUCACCCGACGACGUUUAAAGUGCCCCUCAGAAACGUCACCACCAACGGCGUAACCCAUUACCCUGACUUUGGCGACUUCCCCAUCGUUGUGGAUACUGGUGCUGGCUAUUCGUGGAUUCCUAAGGCGAUCCUCGACCCGAUUGCGCAGUUGUACAAUAACCCUAAACAGUCAGGAACCAUCUGGACGGUGAGUUGUGACAUUCCUGACACCCUGUUCCAGCUUGGGUUUGGUAAUUUGGUCUUGGAUAUCCCGCUUAAGGACUUUGUCAGGCCUCACAAGGUAGGGGACACUGUGUGUUCCUUGGGUGCUGUUGCCUCUGACAGAUCCAAAAGUAACAUCACUCUCAUUGGCGGGGCAAUUCUCAACCAGGUGGUGACGCUUUUCGAUUACGAUAACGGCGUGAUCUCAGUGGCUAACUAUAAGGAAACCGAUGAAGAAAACAUCGUUAAACCAGAAUAA